AAUUUAAAUUAAUCGGUAGAUGGAGCCAAGUUUUGGUCCUCGCAGCAGAUUCAGCGCCUUCCUAACAACUCGUCGCGGAUUUUGUGCUUUGCCUCAAAGCCGUUCGACGUGGAAUCGGUCUGGGAAGACGACUGCAAGUCGCGAAAUCGAUUUCUCUGCUCUAUCCCACAGCAAUGCGUGCGAUAUCUUUGCAAAGAGAAAGCAGUGCAGAACAGCACCUGCACGCCCUAUUGUUAUUCUUCAUUCUGGAUGGAGCCGCACAUUUCACAAAGAUCUGUGGACACAGUUUUUGUUCCUCAAUUCAAUCAAGGCGUACGAAGUAGAGGAUGCGGCAGUUUCUUGUACUUUUCGCAAACCGCGGAGACGUAUGGGCGCGCCCAAGAUUUUUGCUCGAAAUUUGGUUUGCAGCUUGUCAGUAUCGAAACGGCCGAAAAAUUCAAAUGCAUUAGAGAAUUAGCUCGGGAUGCUCGUCCAGAAAAUAUGGUGGUCAAAUCUCGCACAUUUUGGACUUCAGCAACCGACUUUGGUUGCAGAAAUAGAAUCGUGUGGUGUGGCACUGGCGAAAUCGUGUCUUUCAACAUGACGAGAGGCAUGUUUUCCUCAACCAGAGACGACAGCGUCAACAAAAAUUGCUUUAUCAUGAACGCCGACAAAGAUCUGCUGACGGAGGAAUUUUGCGCUGCCAAGUACCGCUUCAUUUGCGAGGGGAAAACUGCGCCAAAGUUCUCGAUUAUCAACCACCCAAAGUGCCCAGCUUUCGAGUGUUUCGUGGAUUUCUCCAAAUUCUUCAGAUUUAAACCAGACCUGAUUGCAGUGCAUGACAGACACGAAACUACCCCACUUUUUGCUAAAUCAAAGACACCAUGCACCGUUGGAAAAGUAAAGCUAACCUUCAACCGAGCUAUUAGGGAGUGCUGUGCAAUGGGUCUGCAACUCUAUCCUAUUCUGAUGAACGGACUAGACUCGAUUAAUCCUGAUUUUAACAAACCCAAAAAGUACAACGGAAUGUCUUUUUGGUCACUGGAAACGCUGCUAUUGAACGGUAGCAACCAGUACAUCGCUUGCCCAUUCGGAAACGUCGGAACGCACACGUUGCGAGAGGAGCAAAAUAAGACGUGCGUCGCUUACGAAUUCAAAGACGACAAAGUGAUUGUGUCCGCGGCAAACUGCGACGAGGAAAAGUAUUUCGUGUGCAUGCCUGUGUGGCAGUACACCAACGACACUGUUUAUUCCGAAAACAGUCUGGAGACAAAAAUGACCUGCAACCCUUCUUGCCCCUCUAUACCUCCGGAAACAGUCGAUAACUACUUUCUUCGCUCAAUUGCUGAUAUCCGGAAAGCUUUUCCGAAAGACAUCCCAACCAGCGAAGAUUGCGGCGGUGUAUUCGUAUUACCAGAAGGAUUUGAACCUGCAACGUUUUGGGGGGCUGUCAGGUCGUGCAGAUCUUUGGGGCUGCAGCUCGCCGAAAUUACAAAUUACAAUCAGAGUGAAUGUUUGUACAGCAGAUUUUUGGCUGAAUGGGCAUCAAGAGAAAAUAUCAAUGAUAUUUGGAUUGGAGGAAGCAUGCUUGGUUGUGAUAAAACAUUUAGGUGGUGCGGAUCAGACGUGACUAUGUCACCAAAAAGCUUCAGUCCAGAGAUCAACCAAACCAGCGCCAACGACGAGUGCUUGGUGCUGACGAACGAAAUCAAGUACAACAAAAACAUCAACAGCACACUUAGAUUGACCAUCGCGAUCAGGAACUGCUACGGGAAGUUGGUGUAUUUUUGUCAACUGGUGGAAAAACCAAUAAAGAAAUAAAAAAAAUCGA